UACUACGCGGAAAAUGGUCUUUUCACCACUGAGGCAUUAAGAACGCUUUUCAAUCGGAAGGUUUCUAAUCUUGCGAGCAAACGUUAGCAAGCAAACUACCGCACUGCAAGAUGCAAUUGGGACAUUUUGAAACGAGUUUUAUCAAGGAUGUCGCCGAAUAAUUUGUUAUUUUCAUUCUUAAUCGUGUGUUAACGAUCUUGAGAGUAUCUUUUCCAGUUGUUUUGUUUUUACGUGUGUGUUGUUUCUGUUGUAACACCCACAUCCAUUAUAUGGUUGAAAAACUGCAAUCUAGCUAGCUAGGUUAGGCAAAUAGCUAGCUAUUAAGGUAGCUAUUGCAGCUGUCAUUGACAACCAUAGUCAACAUAAUACAAUAUUCAUCUGAAGUAGCUAGUCUCCUUGCUGGCUAGUAACGUUAAAUCAUGACCGGGGAAAAGAUUCGCACAUUGCGGAAAGACCAUAACAACAAGCCUAGUAAGGAUGGGUCUAUAACGUUAAUGGAAACAUUUGAUGAAUCUACAAAUGGAACAAUAACCUCUCCAACCCCCAACGGUACCGCCAUCACGUACAAAUCAAACAAGAACCAUAACAAGACGGUGAAACCUAUGGCACUGCAGCAGCAGCUAUCGAAUAUCAAUGCAAACAAUACCAAUGCCAAUCAAUCAGUUGGUACUAUCAUCGAUGACUAUAACAAGAAUCCCAUCAUUCUAACCAAUGGUAAUGAGGACUUGAAUUUGGAAUUCCCUGUUCACGAAUGUGUGUUCAGAGGAGAUGUGCGUCGCUUGUCCUCACUCAUUCGGACCCAGAACAUCUCCCAGAAAGAUGUGCAUGGAAACACACCUCUUCACGUAGCUGUGAUGAUGGGUCACAAAGAGUGUGCCCUCCUACUCCUGGCCCAUAAUGCCCCUGUGAAGGUGAAGAAUGCCCAGGGCUGGAGCCCCCUGGCAGAGGCCAUCAGCUAUGGAGACCGACAGAUGAUCACAGCCAUACUGCGAAAGCUGAAGCAGCAGUCCAGAGAGAGUGUGGCGGACAAGAGGCCCAAGCUGCUGAGAGCGCUGAAGGAGCUUGGUGACUUCUACUUUGAGCUUCACUGGGACUUUCAAAGUUGGGUGCCCUUGCUCUCCCGUAUUUUGCCAUCUGAUAACUGCAAGAUCUACAAGCAGGGGAUCAACAUCAGACUGGACACAACUCUGAUAGACUUCUCAGAUAUGAAGUGUCAGAGAGGAGACCUCAGCUUCAUCUUUAACGGAGAUGCUCCGCCCUCCAAGUCCUUCUAUGUCCUGGACAAUGAGCAGAAGGUGUACCAGCGGAUACAUCACGAGGAGUCUGAGAUGGAGACUGAGGAGGAGGUGGACAUCCUGAUGAGCAGUGAUGUCUAUUCUGCCACCCUGUCCACCAAGUCUAUCACCUUCUCCCGCAGUCAGAUCGGCUGGCUCUUCAGGGAGGACAAGACGGAGAGAGUUGGUAACUUCCUGGCUGACUUCUACUCUGUGAACGGCCUGGUGCUGGAGUCCAGGAAACGGCGGGAGCAUCUGAGUGAGGAGGACGUCCUGAGGAACAAGGCCAUCAUGGAGAGCCUGAGCAAAGGAGGGAACCUGGUGGAGCAGAACUAUGAGCCUCAGAGAAGGCUGUCCCUCACGGCUCCAGACCCCAACACUAUCUCCUGGGAGGAGUACAUUUCUGCAGGGCACGGAAAGGCACCUCAUCUUGGGAGAGAGCUUGUGUGUAAGGAGAGCAAGAAGAACUUCAAAGCGACCGUAGCCAUGAGCCAGGACUUCCCUCUGGGCAUUGAGUCGUUACUGAAUGUGUUGGAGGUCAUAGCCCCAUUCAAACAUUUCAACAAACUAAGAGAAUUUGUUCAAAUGAAGCUUCCUCCUGGGUUUCCAGUCAAGCUUGACAUCCCUGUGUUCCCCACUAUCACAGCGACGGUCACCUUCCAAGAGUUUCGCUACGAUGACUUUGAGGAGUCCAUCUUCUCCAUCCCAGCGGACUACAAGGAGGACCCCAGUCGCUUCCCUGACCUCUGACCUGGUUGUCAUAGCAAGCAGAGGUGCCCCUGUCCCACCCGCUCGGAAACUGACAAACAGCCUCUACCUACCUACAUUAUUAAAAGGAAAAUAACCAACUUAAGUUGAGACAAAAUUAGAAUGUGCCAUCUGUGUGUUCUGAUGGAAAAAAAGGGAAUUAUCUCUUGGCCCUGAGUGUUCAAUUUGUAGAUAUUUCCUCAUAGCAAACCAAUGCAAACAGGACUCGCAUUGCACCACAACCAUGUUCAUAUGUGUAGCAAUAACAGCACAAGGUCCCCCAAAAAUAUUUGAUAUCAUCUGCUUAACAUCAUUAACCUACUACAUGAUCACUGCUCUGAAAAGUUAUGGAGUUGACUGACAUCUUCAACGUGCACUUCUCCAGGCUUAGCACUCACUGCAUCUAGCGUCUGCCCUUUGGAGACUACCCUUUUCUUAUAAACUAAGUGUUCUGAAAAAUAGAGAUGUCAUAACUGAACUGAGCAUAAGUUUUUCAUAUUUAAAUGAUGUAGAUUAUAUAGGCCUAGUAAAAAGGGGCAACACUGUGUAGCAAUACAUUUUCAGUACAUCAGAAUGUUAUUUUUAAACCUACUGGUUUAAACAGCAUUCUUACACAGAUCAAUACCCAAGCCUUUCGCUUGCUCGCUCUCAGGAUGCAAACACGUGUAUUUUCAGGUUAGCUCAUAUCUAUCUUACCUCCUGGCUAUCACCGUCUGUUUCAAGUGAUCGUGUGACUCUGUUCAAUCCGUAGCGCUGAAGAUCCGCUUUUUAGUGCGAUUGACAAUUAUAGCCAAUUUUCCUGUGGUCGCAGAGACUGCAUUCACGGUAAAUGCUGUGUCGGCUCAAUCGGAAAUUACCUUUACAUUUUAAUGCAGAUCUUCCGUGAUAUGGAUUGAACCCAGCCCUUAAUGUGUUUUGUGUGUGAGAGAGGACUGUUGUACUAUACUUUAAAGGUGUGUGUGUGAGGGAACCCAAAUGGGGUUUCAGGAAAGCUGUUCUAGUUUGAUACUGCACUGACAUUAAGUACAUUUUAUUGCAUGCCGUGUUGACCCAAUUGGAUUACUUGUUAUACCUGCUGCCAUCUCGCUAUCUUUUCAAGUUAUUCAGGAAGACCAACUUCUACCAUAUAAAUAUUGUAACCACACUAAAACCCUUUGGUCAAAUGCUGACCUGGUGCUUUUAGGUGCUUUUACCACAAGAUUAUUUCCUGUCCGUAGUACUACAUUACAUUUCAAUGAGAGCUUAUACAGUUGGACUAUCAACCUGUAAAAUCCAUAUGGUUUUUGAAAUGAGAUGACCAGCAGUAGGUAACAGUUUGGGUCAUAAGAAUGUGUAUCUGGCUUGAGCCUACUGUUAUUUAGAAAUGUAUUGCAGCUUUUCCCAUUCCUUUAAAUAAAUCACCAGCAUCAUG